GGUGUCCUAGCCUUCCCCGCGGCUGUGUGUAAGCGCGGGCCGGGUGGGGUUUUCUCUUCGGCUGGGAACGCGGCGAGAUGGCUACGUUCGCUGCGGGAAAGCUGCGCAAACCAUGCAGGAUGAUUUACUGAUGGACAAAAGCAAAGCCCAGCCCCAGCAGCAGCGGCAGCAAGAUCCAACCGCAGCAGAAGCCCCUUCUACACCCAUCACUUCAGAGACACCCAAGCCUGAGGACAGCAACCCGGUGACUAGCAUCGGCUCAUCAGCUCCUACCCAAAACAGCAAGGAAAAGAUGCAGAUGGAGUCCCCCAUCUUGCCGGGCUUAAGUUUCCACCAGCCUCAGCAGGAACCUACCGCCGGCACCUCCUUGUCUCCUUCUUUUGGAAGCACCUGGUCUACCGGAACCACAAAUGCAGUGGAUGAUAGCUUUUUCCAAGGGAUUACUCCAGUUAAUGGGACAAUGCUUUUCCAGAAUUUCCCUCACCAUGUCAAUCCAGUUUUUGGAGGCACUUUCUCCCCCCAGAUUGGCCUAGCUCAGACUCAGCACCACCAACAGCAACAGCAACAGCAAGCCCAGCAGCAACAAAGGAGAUCCCCGGUUAGCCCUAACCAGGCACCUUUCGCCCAGAGAAAUGCUGCUUAUAGCCAUCAGCCCAUCAUGACCAGCAAACCUUCCUCCUCCUCAGCAUCCACCUCUUCCCCUUCCAGUUGGAAUAACCACCAAAAUGCAGCUUGGAGUACACCUUCUAAUCCUUGGGGUGGGCUGCAAGCUGGCAGGGACCCUCGAAGGGCAGUCGGUGUGGGAGUUGGGGUGGGGGUUGGAGUUGGGGUACCAUCCCCACUCAAUCCCAUUUCUCCUCUGAAAAAACCCUUCUCCAGCAAUGUCAUUGCUCCGCCGAAGUUCCCAAGGGCUGCUCCCCUAACCCCAAAAUCCUGGGUGGAAGAUAACGCCUUCAGGACAGAUAAUGGCAACAAUCUGUUGCCUUUUCAGGACCGGAAUCGGCCCUAUGAUACUUUUAACUUGCACUCUUUGGAAAACUCAUUAAUGGAUAUGAUAAGGACUGAUCAUGAGCCUCUUAAAGGUAAACACUACCCUCCCAGUGGCCCACCAAUGAGUUUCGCUGAUAUAAUGUGGAGGAAUCAUUUUACAGGUCGUAUGGGUAUAAAUUUUCACCAUCCGGGAACAGAUAACAUUAUGGCUCUUAAUACCAGGAGCUAUGGGCGGAGACGAGGUCGUUCUUCACUUUUCCCUUUUGAGGACGGCUUUCUAGAUGACAACCAUGGUGACCAGUCUUUAUCAUCGGGUCUCAGUUCUCCAACUCGUUGUCAGAAUGGUGAAAGAGUAGAACGCUAUUCUAGAAAGGUGUUUGUUGGAGGUCUGCCUCCUGACAUCGAUGAAGAUGAAAUCACUGCCAGCUUUCGUAGGUUUGGACCUCUUGUAGUGGACUGGCCUCACAAAGCUGAAAGCAAAUCAUAUUUUCCACCUAAAGGGUAUGCCUUUCUGCUAUUCCAAGAAGAAAGUUCUGUGCAAGCUCUGAUAGAUGCCUGUCUGGAAGAAGAUGGGAAACUUUACCUAUGUGUAUCGAGUCCCACCAUAAAGGACAAACCAGUACAAAUUCGACCUUGGAACCUAAGUGACAGUGAUUUUGUAAUGGAUGGUUCUCAGCCUUUAGAUCCCAGAAAAACUAUUUUUGUUGGAGGAGUUCCACGCCCCCUUCGAGCUGUUGAACUAGCCAUGAUUAUGGAUCGUUUGUAUGGAGGAGUCUGCUAUGCUGGCAUUGAUACAGAUCCUGAGCUGAAGUACCCGAAAGGUGCUGGUAGAGUGGCUUUUUCCAAUCAGCAAAGCUAUAUUGCUGCUAUUAGUGCACGCUUUGUUCAGCUCCAACACAAUGACAUUGAUAAACGGGUGGAAGUGAAGCCAUAUGUGCUUGAUGAUCAGAUGUGUGAUGAAUGCCAGGGCACUCGCUGUGGUGGAAAAUUUGCUCCGUUCUUCUGUGCCAAUGUUACCUGCUUGCAGUAUUACUGUGAAUACUGCUGGGCAAGCAUUCACUCUCGUGCUGGACGAGAGUUCCACAAACCACUUGUGAAGGAAGGAGGAGAUCGGCCACGCCACGUCCCAUUCCGUUGGAGCUGAAGCCCAGGCCUAAAUCUAGCAGCAAGUACUGGAGACCAUGAAACUGAAGGAAGAUAAGAGUGCUGCCUCAGGGCUUUGGUGUUCUGGAAAUCUGUGCAUUCAUCCUUGACUAUAAUGAAGAGAUGGGUCUUUUAUUAUGAUUAUGAUUAUUAUUAUUUACAGUCACAUUACUGAACUCCGUGUCCAGUAUAAUACAAGCCUAGCAGAGUAUAACUGUACUGAUUUUGCACUUUGAUUCACACAAACAUCUGCUUGGUACCUUAAUUUCUUACUCAAGACUUGUCACGUGUGACAAUAAGUAGACUGCCAUUCUCAUCGGCCUCCAUUGGGUUGAUGUGUAUGCGAUGAAGAUUUUUUAAAAUUAUAAUUAAUUUUAUUUUUAAACUGGAGCAUGCACUUAUUUUCAGUAACUUAGACUUGCCCCUAGCAGAUGAUUUACCAAAGGUAACACUCACAAGUAGGUGGCAGAUGUAGCAAAAACUUCAAAUGGAUAUUCAGCAAUCAUUAGUUUGGGUUACUUAGAGUAGGAAGAACCCUAAAAAAAUCUUUUGUUGCUCUCCAUUUUGACUGGUAAGGAUGAUACCUCAUAAGCUGGAUCACGUUUUCCCCAUUCCCACCCCCUUUUUUUUGUUUUUGCUGAGGGUUUCCUAUUUGGUUAGGUCUUUUAGUGUUAUGUAAAUGUAUGCUGCAAUAGCUUUUGCUGCUAUUAAGAUGGUAUUACUAAUACCACAAUACUCUAUUCAAGCUAGGGUAUCGAUUUGAAAAGAUGAUUAUGUGAUUUAAUAUAGUGAUGACUGCUGAAAGGAGAUCAGUACAGCAUUCAGAAAGCUUCCAAGGAAGGUCAAUAGUUUUGACUGCAUGUUUACUUAAUCAGGUUGCUGCAUGCAAUAAAAUUUUUUAUAUAUGUCUAGUAUAAAAAUCUGCCCACAAUGCACCAAUUAAGAAUCUAUGUAGGCAAAAAAAUACUUGGCAAAAGAAAUUAAGAAAAAGAAAAUACACACACACACAUGCUCACAUAUACAGCCCACUCAGAUUACUGAUUGGAGGAAGGCAUGCCUCAGUAAAUGUAAAUGCUUCUUAAAUUAGGAUCAGCCCAUUGCAGUACAACCUAUAUUACAACAAAUAUUUUUAAAAACUAGAUGUAAAAUAUCCUUACAACAAAUUUGUGAAUGAUAGACGAAGUACUUUGCGGUGCUCUGUUAUAUAUUGUGCAAUUUAUUUUGUAUAGUGAAGUGAUUAUGUCUAGUACUGUGAUCAGACUUUAACUGUUUAAGCCUCUAUGUCUAACAUUCGCACACUUCUGACGGUUCACCAAAAGAUAACCAUGCAUAUACAAAUAAAGGAAAAGCUGAGCUCUUCAUUCCGAUCUCUCACGUAAACGCUUGCACCAUAUAUGUAGUUGCAGCCCUUCUCCAGAAAACCAAAGAGCUCAUAACAGCAUAUGUACACUACCAACUUAGAUAGUAGUAGGCUGAUAAACUAGGCACAUCAUAUGAAAGGUGACGGGGGGGGGGGGAAGUGGUGCUAAAGAAAUGUCUGCCUACAAAAGUUAACUUAUAAGAUAUCUCCUCUUGGGAGCGACGUUAAUUUCUUGAACCCUGGAUGUAUCCUGUGAAGCUUGAAUACAAUUGAGAUCUACUAUGUAAUGGUGGACAUUUUUUUAGCAUAUACUCUGGGGCUGCAAGACUAAUACAUAAACACGUUAGUGUGCUAUGAGAAUGUGAGAAUGUGUACACUAUUUUUCUGGGUUUUCUCUUUUGUUUCCCCCUGUUUUUGCAGUUCUGGGGACUGGAUAUUGACACCGCAUAGUAGAUUUAAAUGUUCGGGGUUUUGUGUGUUGUGAUGGCCUUGUUAAUGUCUAAUUCUGUAAGUUUCCCUUUAAUGUUUAGUUGCAGUUAUUGGCUCUGAAAGGAACUUUCUGUGUUUAAAAAAAUAGUUUUUUACUUGUUUAAAAAAUUCAUUCUUAUCCCUUUCAUGGUUUCUUCUGGGCACUUUUGUGAUAUUGCUUUUUCCAGCCCAAGGUAUCUUUCUUCUGUUUGGGUUUAUUUUGUUCAUCUAUACAAGAUUUGUUAUGCACUACUUUUUGUAUCUAAACAGUUUUCAAUAGUUGGCAGAUUAUUCUUUUUUAAAAGAAAAAGGCAUGCUUUCUGACUGACAUGAUCUUUUGCAAUACCUCAAUUUUGAAAUAUAGGAAAGAAAAUAUUUUCUAAGUAAGUUUAUUCAGAAAAAUAUAUAUUAAUUUAAUUCUUCGAGAAAAUGAUUUAACAGAUGGGUAACUUUAUUUUUUUCAUGCUUAUUUGCGUUUUUGAAAAUGAAGAAGUUAGAGCUUUAUAAUUGUAAUAUUGAAGAUCAUAGCUAACCUACAGAAGUCUACCUAAUUAUGUGAAACAAGUAUACAUUUUUGAAGAAAUUUCCCUCUUUCAUGUACAAACAUACCCCAGAAAAGAACGGAGGGGAAAAGAGAGAGAGAUGCUGAAAGUUAUAUAUAUAAUAAGAUUAAAAUGAGUACAGCCAGGUUGUCAUAAAGGAAAGGUGUAAAAAAAAAAAUCUCCAUUUGGUGCUGGAAGUUGUGAAUAGAAAGGUGAAAAAAUAUUUUCCCUUAAUUUGUAUAUUUAUAAUCAAGCAAUUAUGCACGACUGACCAGAAUUGUGAGAGUUCUUCUGUUUGUAUUUUUUUAAAGAUAAUUUUUUAGUUUAUUAAAUUAUAACAUGAUCCCUUUUUGUUUUGUAAAUGAAUGUGCCCCCUAAGUUGUUAAUAUGUUAUAUUAUUAUAAGAGGGUCCUUCAAGAAAAGAAGUUAUUUUUUAAAAUAAGGUGUUCUGAACUGCAACUUGACUACGAAGCCCCUGGGUACAACAGGUCCUCUUGUGGCCUUCUCUUGAUGCGAGACUUGAACUAGUCGAUUUUUUUUGAAGGCAACUUAACCUCGACUAUUUGUUGUUAUGUGCAAUACUGUUUGUACUGUUUGUAUAAAAAAAGAAAAAAGAAAAGAAAAAAGGCAUAAAUCUUUAUUGCAGAUUUAUUUUCAUUGCAAACUUUAGACAUUGUGAUUCACUAAGAUCAUUUUUCUACUGUCAAAUAUGUACCUUUUCUUCAUGCUGGUAUUUUUUCAAUAGUAAUGUAGCCUUUGUACUGAAACAAAUUUUCAUUGUUAUUUUUAGAAAGAUUUUUUGCUAAGAGAAAUUUAAACAUUGACAUAUUUUUCAUUUUUAUUUCAGAUUUUCUUUAAGGAGUGCUUUCUCAACCAUUAAUAUAGUUGUUUCUGGGAGAGACUUUCAUAUCUGGUCAAUGUCAUUAAUAUUAUUUUGUAUUUUUACUUGGAAUAAAUUAAUUUUAUGAUGCUAAUCCUUUAAAAGUUUAUUUUUUUCAUUUUCAGUUAUUUUUGAAGCUAAAACAAACCUUUGUAAUAUUGUUACUAAAGUGUCUAGUUUUUUGAAAUGCAAAGCUUUAUGUAUUAACUCGCUGAUGUGGUUUACAAUGGUGUGAAAAUGGUUGGAUAUGUAAAAAGAUUGGAACAACUGUAAUGAAUAACUGGGCAAUAAAAUUACAGAAUGAAGCAGGAAAACGAUGUGAUAUUUUUGAAAAGCCUUUUUCCUUUAUCAAAAUGAUUUAGGAAGAUAAUAGGGAUGUCACAGUACCGGUUCUGUCUAGAUUUAUACAACACCAGUGCUGAUAAACACUAUUGCUGUUGUAAUGAACUCCAAUCUAUAGAAAGAACAGGUUUAUGACCCUGCCUGUUCAGCAUUAUACUCGCUGCUCCCUCCGCUCAUUAGGCACACUCAGCACUACUGCUGGAUAGUGGGGUGCAAUUGCCAAAAGAAUAGAGGGAGAAUACACAGUAUUAAUGCUCGGUCAAUUCUCUCCCCGCUUAACUGCCCUUUACAAGUCUCUCUUGUACUGAUAUCUUAAAAUCUCUCCCAAGUUGCAUCAGUGUGAUCUCUCAUGAGUCAUGAUACAAUUUAUUUAAUGCAUCCCUUCAUGCUGCAUUUCCGUGCACUUCUUUAAGUGGUAACCCAGAACAAAUGGAGGAAGUUGUAUAGUAUCUGCAUAAUAUUACAGUGCAAUUACCAUACAGUGUAAUUUACUACAUACUUAGUGCUAAAUAAUGCAUGCGUAGCAACUCUUAUUACUGUAUCAGAGCACUUUUUUGCAAGCUUCUUGUAUAUUUCUCCCUCUCUUUGUGUUAGUGUUUUUCAUUGCAAGUGCACCAUCCCUUGCUGCUGUUAAAACACUGCUUCACUUUAUGUGGUUCAUCACCUUAGUCUAUCUAACUUCCCCCACCCUUACCUUUUGCUGUUUCCCGACAGAACUCGUGCCGAAUCUAUAGAUACUAUCUAUCCCUUAAGAUCCUACCAACCAAACUGGUGUUACAUAAACAGACAUACAAUGGCCUUCUCUAGAUGCAUCCAUUAACAGUUUCGAUCUAGUCUUAAACUGAUGUCAAGGAGGCAAUUUUUGAACCUCUUUUGGAAAUGUCUAGGGUUGGCCCAUUGUAUCCCCUUUGUAAGUAAUGUAUAGGCAAAACCAAACAGUAAAAUUUAGGCUCCAGUUAGAUACAACUGGUUGGGAUGUAUACAUAUUGUAAACAUUUAAUAGAAGAGAAGAAGAAACUUCUGGAUUUCCUGCAAAGUGGUACAAAGUGUGUGCUUAGAUUUCUGCCUACACACUUGCCUUUUAGGGAUGGCAGUUGCUAAAAGAAAAAUGUAAUACAAAUAUGCAGUUAGUGAACUUUGCUGAUUUUGUUAGGAUAGUACAAAAUAGUGCUUUAUUGGGGGAAAUAACCCAUUUUAAUAUUUCAGUAUUGUGACAUCUCUACUUGCAAGGUAUGAGUGAAAGAUUAGUCACAGAUUUGUAAAAAAUAAAAAUAAAAACGUCUUUUUGUUAAACCUGGCUUGUACGUAGUUGCUUUUUACACCAGUUUGUAUGAUGUAGGCUUAACCUUUUUUUUUAAACCAGAAAACUUUUCUUCUGAAUCUCUGCUGUUGUAGUGUUUCAGUCUUACCACAGAGUAUUUUAUAUUCAUGCUGGUGAUUUGCUCUAUACCCCAAAAUGGGUAACAGAUCAGGAGCUAUGUUAUGUCAUUCUGCACAUUUUAAACUUACCUAAUGAUAACAUUUAGCAACAAAUAGAUAUCCAGGGUGCUAAUACGGGAUAAUCAUUUCUGCUAUUUUUUCUGGAUGUAGUUCUGUUGGGGUAUAAAGUAUUAGGUAUUUGUAAUUUUGCUGUCAAAAUAAUGGACAUAACUUUUAGAGUGUUCACAGCUAAGAUCUCUGUACUUGUUUUUUCAACUAACUAAUUUUAAAUGUUCCAUAUCUUUUACUACAUGUUCUCUUAGACUGGUUUUGCUAGUAACCCUAAAAGGCUUUUACCUUUUUUUGGCUUGAACUAAUGCUUUGUAUGGAACUACAGUACUGUGACUAAACAUGGAGCUCAAUGCUGCUAUUGCUUACAACUGCUUCAACUUUGUAGUUUGAACUUAAUUUUUUUUCUGUAAUAACUUAUUAAAUCUAGUUGUAUGAAGUA